AGUGGAUGGAGAUGGGACUGAAAAACACCACACACAGCAUGAGAAACCCCACUGGGAUGUUACUCUGUAUGUAAUGCAUGCAUCAGGCCACUAGAGAGCAGUACACAGUUGAAUAGCAACUGUUCAAACACUGACUUACAGGACUGAAAGAAGUGUUAUGGGAAGUCGUUAAUUUUUAAGCACUACACACACAUAUGACUGAAGCUGUUGAUCCACUGAUUUAACAGCUACAUGCAGUAGCAUCCAUCCACUCUCUUCUGUUUAUCCAAUUCAGGGGCUGGAGCCUAUCCCAGCUGUAAGAGGGCAAGACGCAGGGUACACCUUAGACAUGUGGUCAAAAGUGAUUUUGUGUUUAUUAUGUAUGUCUUUACUUACAUCGGUAAAUAGGCCACUUAAUAAUGUUGUUUGUGGCUGAAGAUGACCUGAUAUCAUUCAUGUAUAUCACAUAUUAUAGACCAACAAGUCAUUUACAGCAGUUUAAAUACGGACAUUCACUUUUUGGCAAACACCGGUGUUUCAGGUUAACUGGUUAUACUUGUUGAAAUAUUCCACUCUGCCUGUUCCAGAUGUUGCAUCUGCAGAUUUGUUCACUGAAUGGUGGUCUCUGUUGGCCAGUGUGCUGUUUAGUCAAGCUGUUUGCUCCCGACUGAGCUGUGACUAUCACCAGUUUACAUGGGUGUGUUUCCUGAAUCAGUUGACGGAGCGAACAUACGGAAGUAAACUCAAAAUCUGUCGAGCUCAUCUGUGGCGUAGCGGAGAAACUGUCGACUGGUGCUUUAUUUUACAGAAAUACAGAGAGAGAGAACUAAUUUGCUUAAGUAGACAUGGAGAGCGACUCUGAAACACACAGUGGUGGAGAUACUACUCCAGAUGACUGGAUGGAUUUGGCUGAUGACAGUCCUGCUGCAAGUCCCGCUGCCAGUCCUGCUGUCAGUCCAGCCAACAGUCCAGAUGCCAGUCCUGCUGACAGUCCCGCUGCUACACAGAAACCCUCAGAAAAAGAGGAUUUUAAACUGUCCCUGAUCACCUGGAAUGUGGAUGGGCUUGAUUUGGAAAAACAUCCAGAGCGUUCCAUAGGCCUGGUUAAAUAUUUAAACUUGUACAACCCUGAUGUGGUGUUCCUGCAGGAGCUCGUUCCCCCUUAUGUCCAGUUUUUGAAGGAACAGCUCGUCAACUACCUGAUGAUUGAAGGUGCUGAGGAAGGUUACUUCACAGGGAUGUUGCUGAAAAAGUCACGAGUCACAUUGGUGGAGAGUGAGAUAGUACCUUAUCGCACCACUAAGAUGAUGAGGAACCUGCUUGUCGCUCAGGUGAUCGUUGACGGCCAGAAGCUGUGCCUGAUGACAUCCCACCUUGAGAGCGGUAAGGCAAAUUCGAAAGAGCGUAUGAAUCAGCUGCAUGUGGUGAAGUGGAGGUUUAAACGUGCACCUGAUGACGUCACCGUCGUGUUUGGGGGAGACACAAACCUGAGGGAUGCGGAGGUACCCAAGGUGGGCCUGCCUGCAACUGUCUGUGAUGUGUGGGAGCAACUGGGCAAGCAGGAGCACUGCCGCUACACAUGGGACACCACUAUUAACACCAACAAGAAAGCUUCCUUUCCUGUUCGCUUCCGCUUUGACAGAAUCUACCUCCGCCCAGCUGUCAGACGUGGAGUCCCUUGUCUGGCCCCUGAUCACAUGGCCUUGGUGGGGCUGGAGAAGCUGGACUGUGGCCGCUACACUAGUGAUCACUGGGGAAUCUACUGCACCUUCUCAGCUGAAUAGAACUACACAAAACAACCAGAAACAUGACAGUUAAGCAUUUUAUUUUAGAUCAGCCGCUCUUUAAAUCACAGUAACGCUAUGCAGGAAGAUGUUCCUCACCUUAAUUUAAUCAGUUUUAUCCUCUAAUGUGUGUCUGCUUAAGUGUUUUAUGUGGUUGAAAUGACAAAUUAAAAUAUGAAAAGCACCAAUAAAUUAUAUUGAUAUGCCCUUACAUUGAUGGAUGAAAAGUCCAUUAGCAGAAGUCUGACAGCUCCUCAGCUUUUAACCUUGUUACAUGAUCUUCCUCAGUGGAUGGAGUUGGGACUGAAAAACACCACACACAGCAUGAGAAACCCCACUGGGAUGUCACUCUGUAUGUAAUACAAGCAUCAGGCCACUAGAGAGCAGUACACAGGUGAAUAGCAACUGUUUAAACACUGACUUACAGGACUGAAAGUAGUGUUAUGAGAAGUCGUAAUGGUGAGUCCAACUUUUAACAGCUACACACGUAGCCUGAAGUUGUUGAUCCACUGUUUUAACAGCUACAUGCAGUACCAUCCAUCCACUCUCUUCUGUUUAUCCAAUUCAAGGGCUGGAGCCUAUCCCAGCUAUUAUAGGGCAAGAGGUAGGGUACACCUUAGACGUGGUAAAAAGUGAUUUUGCCACAUGUGUUUGUGUUUUGUGUGACAUUAAAGGAAAUAAAAUUUGGCAUGUUUUAUUAAGGAUGGAAAGCCCCCACCCCUGGUUAAUAUUUCUAUUUGUUGUAAUAAAGUUUGUAAUUAAUAAAUGUAGUUAUUUCAAACUCAAA